AAUAUUAGUCUUAUUAACCUUCUACUCUUACGAGGCACUCUAGUAAAUAUAACUAAUAUUAAUAAUAUAACUCUACUAUAUUACUACGUUAAGUAUAGCUAUAAAUCUAUAAUAGAAUUACUUCUUAAAAAUAGUUUAUCUAUUAAUAUUAGUGUCUAUUAA